AUGAAAAUAGCAGUAAUAGGUGCAGGUCCAGCAGGUUUAUGUGCACUUAAAAGUUGUUUGGAUGAAAAUUUCAGUUGUGAUGUGUUUGAAAAAAGUGGUCUCAUUGGUGGUGUAUGGAACUACAAUGAAAAAACUGGUCUAGAUGAAUUUGGCAUUCCGAUUCAUAACUCCGUAUAUACAGAUUUAUGGACCAACUUACCAACGGACUUAAUGCAGUUUGAAAAUUUUCCAUUUAAAUGUCCGGUAUCUUUUGUUCGUCAACCAGAUGUGUUAAAAUAUAUUAAUGAUUAUGCAGAUGCUUUUAAUUUACGUUCUCAUAUACAGUUCUAUAAACAUGUAGAGGAAAUUCGACCACUUCCAAACAAUCGCUGGAAAAUUAGUAUUCGUGAUUUAAAAUCGAUGGGACAAGAACUGGUAAUUAAAGAAUACGACGCUGUUAUUAUUUGUGUGGGAAAUUUUAAUAAACCUCUCAUUCCAACUUUUAAAGGAUUAGAUAAAUUUAAAGGAACUGUUAAGCAUAGUUAUACUUAUAGAAAACCUGAUCCAUAUAAAAACAGAAAAGUCCUAAUAGUUGGAAAAGGACCAUCCGGAUCAGAUAUAACAGGACUGGUUAGCAAAGUUGCUGAGAAAGUCGUAUUAAGUCACCGCUCACCUCUAAGAGAAUAUGCAAAAUUUUCUGAAAAUGUUAAAAUCAAACCAGUAAUUGCAGAGUUCAAGGAAAAUAGUGUUUUGUUUGUAGACGGAACCGAAGAGGAUAUUACUGAUGUCUUAUUAUGUACAGGUUACGCAUUUGAUUACCCUUUUUUGACAAACGAGUGUGGAAUAGAAGUUGAGGACAAUUAUGUUAAAUAUUUAUAUAAACAAAUUAUAAAUGCAAAACACCCAACCAUGGCGAUUUUAGGUAUACCACAUACGACCUUUUUAUUGAUAAUGUUUGGAAUACAGAUGAGAUUUUUUAUUGCCUAUUUAAAAGGUCAGUUUACAGCUUCAAAAGAAACAAUGAUAGAGGACGCUAUAAACUACGAAAAACAUAGAAAGGAUGAGGGCGGGUCUUUGUUAAAAAUCAAGAAAGAGUAUUAUGAUGACUUAUCAGACACAGCAAAAAUACAAAAUAUACCACCGGUGUACGAUAAAUUGUUUAGACAUGUUUUGGAAGUAGGACCAAUGAAAUAUCAAGAAAACUAUACAAUUUUAAACGACGAAGAGUUUAUUAUCACGAAGUUGCAUUAA